UCAGGACCUGCCCUCAUGGGUCUCACAAUCCAGUGGGAAGACACAGACUAGACCCUAGGCAGUAAUGACAGAAUAGUGGGGCAACCCAGGGGGCUGAAGGAGCCCAGAGGUUGGGGGUGCAAGGCCAGCCUGGUAGGUCAGGGAGGGCUACCUGGAGGAGGGGAAGUCAGAGCUGAAACCAAGGGAAAAGACUGGGUGCCGAGGGCAAGGCUGAAGAUGGGUUGAGGGGGUGUUGCUGGCAACCAGCUCCAGCCUCCUCUUUCAUUCCCCCCUCCCCAGGAUGCCCCGGAGGCCCAGCUAGGGCUUGACUUUGGCCCCAUGCGGCUCACCCGCUGCCAGGCUGCCCUGGCAGCCGCCAUCACCCUCAACCUCCUGGUCCUCUUCUAUGUCUCGUGGCUGCAGCACCAGCCCAGGAACUCCCGGGCCCGGAGUCCCCGCCGCGGAUCUACCGUCCCCCACGUCACCAUCCUGGUGCGGGAGUUCGAGGUCUUUGACAAUGCGGUGCCUGAGAUGGUGGAUUCCUUCCUGCAACAGGACCCAGCCCAGCCGGUGGUGGUGGCAGCCGACACACUCCCGUACCCACCCCUGGCCCUGCCCCACAUCCCCAAUGUUCGCCUGGCGCUGCUGCAGCCUGCUCUGGACCGGCCUGCCGCAGCCUCGCGCCCCGAGACCUACGUGGCCACUGAGUACGUGGCCCUGGUGCCCGACGGGGCAAGGGCCCAGGCACCAGGUCAGCUGGAGCGCAUGGUGGAGGUGCUCCGGACAGGAGGUGCACGCCUGGUGGCUGCGCGGGUCGCCUCAGCUAACCCUGCCCGGUGCCUGGCCCUGAACGUCAGCCUGAGAGAGUGGACAGCCCACUACAGCCUGGCCCCCUCUGCACCCCGCUGCGACGCCCUAGAUGGGGAUGCUGUGGUGCUCCUGCGCGCCCGGGAUCUCUUCAACCUCUCAGCGCCCCUCGCCCGGCCCGUGGGCACUGGCCUCUUCCUGCAGACUGCCCUGCGAGGCUGGGCAGUGCAGCUGCUGGACUUGACUUUCCCAGCGGUGCGCCAGCCUCCUCUGGCCACGGCCCACGCACGCUGGAAGGCGGAGCGUGAAGGGCGCGCGCGGCGGGCGGCGCUGCUGCGGGCGCUGGGCAUCCGCCUGGUGAGCUGGCAGGGUGGGCGCCUCGAGUGGUUCGGCUGCAGCAAGGAGACCCCGCGCUGCUUCGGGACGGUGGUGGGUGACACGCCAGCCUAUCUGUACGAGGGGCGCUGGACGCCUCCGUGCUGCUUGCGCGCAUUGCGUGAGACCGCUCGUUACGUGGUGGGUGUGCUGGAGGCGGCUGGCGUGCGCUACUGGCUUGAGGGCGGCUCGCUGCUGGGGGCAGCACGCCAUGGGGACAUCAUCCCAUGGGACUAUGAUGUGGACCUGGGCAUCUACCUGGAGGAUGUGGGCAACUGCGAGCAGCUGCGGGGGGCUGAGGCAGGCUCUGUGGUGGAUGAGCGCGGCUUCGUGUGGGAGAAGGCCAUAGAGGGCGACUUCUUCCGCGUGCAGUACAGCGAGAGCAACCACCUGCACGUGGACCUGUGGCCCUUUUAUCCCCGCAACGGGGUCAUGACCAAGGACACGUGGCUGGACCACCGGCAGGAUGUCGAGUUCCCGGAACACUUCCUGCAGCCUCUCGUGCCCCUGCCCUUUGCAGGCUUCGUGGCGCAGGCGCCUAACAACUACCGCCGCUUCCUGGAGCUCAAGUUUGGCCCCGGGGUCAUCGAGAACCCCGAGUACCCCAACCCGGCACUCCUGAGUUUGUCAGGAAGCGGCUGAAGCCUUGACUCCCGCGCCUGGGGUCAGGGGAACCAUACUCUGUCUUGGUGCUGCUGGCAUUUGGUGGGCGGGCCAGGGAUGCCAAGCCGCCCCUCAGGGCCCAACACAAUUCGCGACAUCAAAACCAUUCCCUGCCCUGGGUGCCAGUGCUGGGACAGAGUUUUGGAAAGAGAGGGAGAAAGUAUAGAUUCUGGGGCCGGACUGCCGUGAUUCAAUCCCCGGCUCUAACACUUCAUAGUUAGGUGGCCCUGGGCGAGUGUUCCUGUUUCUCUGCCUCAGUUUCCUCCAGGAUUCAGUGUCUAUCACGUAAGAACACCAGGACAGUUGGCUGCUACGGUUGCUUCUACCACUAGAGGGCGCCUUUGUCUUACCGUAGAGCGAAGGCGAGUCGGCCCCAGGACCUAUGCUCCAUAGCUUUUACAGCUAUUGAGCCUUUGGUAUUCUGCCUGAACCCCUGUGCCCCGCCCAAUAGGAUGACCAUCACCCCUUCUUCAGGAAUGCGACCUCCUUCCCUCCUGGGAGAGCCCUGUGAGGUGCAUGCUGCUCUUAACCUCAUCUUGCAGAGGAGGAAAAGGACUCAGCUCUGAAGUGUGGCUGUGGUUACGACUGGGGUUCUGGAUUGGGGCCCCCCUCCUUAUUAACUGUGUUACCUCAUUAUUUUAGCUCUCUGCACCUGUUUCUCUGCUUGCAAGGCAGAGUAAAUAACCAUAGCUGACAUUUACUGAGCACUUACUGUGUACCAGGCAUCAUUCUCAGUGUUUCACAUGAAUUAACUGAUUUACCCCUGCCUCUAUUCUCUCAGAUGAGAGCUUCUAUUAUUUCCAUUUUACAGAGGAGAAAACUGAGACCAGAAUCGUAAAAUCACUUGCCAUUUGUGAAGUGGCAGAGUGGGAGCUUAAACCCAGACUGUCAGUCUAGAGCCCACACUGAAGUGACCCACAGUGCCCCUUUCUAAUACUGGUACUGAAGAGGGCCCUUACCACUUAGUAGGCAGAGUGAUGGCAGCCUUCCUUUUGAGAUUCUGCACCUAAGAGUAAAUAUUGUUUGGGCAUGUACCCUCAAUAUGUGUAUUUAUUUAUAAAUUCUAUACAGGUACUACUAUCAUGCUGUGUAUUAGUAAUAAGGCUUAAAUUAUUCCAUGUUUAAAUUAAAAAUAAAUAUAAAAGUUUUUGUUUA